AGAAAAACAACAUAUUUAAGUAUAAGCACUAUGACAACACUAGCAAUUUGCCGUACUUUUUGCAACAACAAACGCGCUCUCUAGUGAAGGAGAUAAUGAAUUCAACAGACGUGACGUAAUAUUAGCAGACGGGAAAAUGGAAUCGCAGACAAAAAGGAAGCCAAAUUGGAAUGCCGAUGAAACCCUUACGUUGACUAAUUUAGUCGAUGAAAAUAAGAAUAUUCUUAGAGGGAAGUUGGGUCCAACACUGACGUCGGACAUGAAGGCUCGUACGUGGCAAAGUAUUGCACAAACGCUGACUGCAAUGGGCGUUGGUCCAGCUAGAACAGCAGCAGAGGUGGAAAAAAAAUGGCACAAUAUUUUUUCCAAAUCAAAAUCGGAAAUAUCCGAUCAUAGGAGAGGUACGACUGGGACAGGUGGUGGCCCUCCUCCAAAGGCACUAAGUGCAAUUGCUGAGGCUGUGUCCAGUGUUGUGGGGGAAAAUAACACUUGCCUGACUGGUAUUGGAGGAGGUGCAGACACUACACUCAUACAGUUAGGUCUUCUAGGAGAGGAACCAUUGGGCAUUCAUGUUAUUGAAGGACCAUCCGACACAGUGUCAUGUUUUGCAACUCCACCACCACCUCCUAUGCCAAGUACAUCCACAUCCACUUCACGCCUAGUCUCAAGGACCUCCAGCACUACUGGGAGUACAGACCUAAAGAGAAAAAUUGAUGAACUUACUGUGAGGAAGUUGGAGCUCGAGGUGGAAUAUUAUGCGCUCAAAAUCAAGAAGGCAAAGGGGGAAGAGUAAAUCACAUAAUAUAAGCUGCGAUUGUCCCUUAUUUGCAUUGGACUUCAAAUUUAAAAGCCUCAAAUAUAUGAAAGGGAAAAAUGCAGAAUUAACUUGUAAAGUAAUCUUAUGUUAUUUUUUUCAUAUGUAUUU